AAAACUGAAUAAAUGUCGAAAGUAUUAAAUAUUUUUCAAAAUUAUUCCACGUUGGAUAUGCAAUAUGUUAAUUUGGAUUUAUUUAAUUGUUUUUGGCAGUUUUAUUAGCAAUCCGUGUUUGUUUUAUGACGUGCAAAACGAGGCCACUGGUUCUACAGAUUUAUCUAAACAAAUUAGUCCUGAUAAUUUAUUACUAUUUUCAACUUUAGAUGGUACGCUAACUGCUGUUGAUAAAAAUGAUGGAAAAGUUCGAUGGAAACAUCAAGAUGAACCUGCUGUUAAAGUACCAGUCGAUACAAAGCAAGCCAUAAAUCCAAUAGUGUUACCAGAUCCAAAAGAUGGGUCAUUAUAUCUACUUGGUGGAGCCAAAACUGAUUCACUUAAAAAAUUACCAUUUACGAUACCAGAAUUAGUAGCUUCUGCACCAUGCCGUAGUUCGGAUGGAAUAUUUUAUACAGGAAAGAAAACUGAUCAAUGGUUUCUCGUCGAACCAAGAACGGGCCAACGAGAACCAGUUUUAGGAUGGAAUUCAAAUCCUGUAGAUCCAAAUACAUGUCCAUUGGUACCUGGUUCUGGUGUGUAUAUAGGAAGAACUCAAUAUGAAAUUUUAAUGUUGGAUGUAAAUAACGAAUCCAAGCGAAAAUGGAAUGUGACUUUUUUUGGAUAUGCCGCAGAGCCAAUGUCUUCAGAUAUGCGUGUAAAUUAUGAAAUGAUUCAUUUUUCAACGUCAUCGACGGGGUUGCUAAUUACGAUGGAUCGUAUUUCUGGUAAAAUGCUGUGGAAGUUGGAUCUUGGAAGUCCAGUAGUUGCAGUAUAUUUGUUAACAUCGUCUGGUCUCAUUUCUGUGCCGUUUACUAGUGUCGCUCAUCAAACUUUACCAAUGUUGGAAAAAGCAAAUCCAUAUUCUGAUAAAAUGCGACUAUAUCCAACUUUGUAUAUUGGGGAACAUAUCCAUGGCUUGUACGCUUUGCCGUCACUGGUUGAUCAAACAGCAGUCACAAUAACUGCAUCACAAACCAGUCCAUUAUUGCUAGAAGGUCCAUCAACGCCAAACGAGAAUCAAGAUAACGAUGAUAAAUUUCCAUUAUCUGGUCAAAAUAUUAGAAUAUUAUCGGAUGAUUUAGACAAAUUAUAUGAUUCACCAAAUUUACGACAUAUCUUUAUGGAUAAAAAUUCAAAAAUAUAUUUGGGACAUUAUAACGUUCCUGAAUUUAGUUCUGUUCAAUUACGACUUUCUGGUCGACAAUUUGACGAGAAAUUAUUAAAACAACCUGUCUUGGAUUCAGAAAACGAAAGUAAUGUGAAUAUAGUAAAAACACCUUUGGAAAAACGUUCUGUAGAAGUACAAACUGAUGGCACAGAUGAAGCUACUGAAAAUUUAAAACAUUCCACAACAUUUAUUUUAAGUUAUUAUUGGAAUGCGAAAACGUGGUUGAAUAAACAAGAAAAUAUUGGUCUAAAAAUAGCUUUAAUUAUUGUGGUUGGAUGUAUGAUAUCAAUGUUUUGGUAUUUUAAAGCUCAAGUUCGUGAAUUUCAACAAAUGUCUCAAGGUUCUACGGGAUCAGCAUAUUCACAAAAUGGUCCAGUUACAGCAUAUUUAGAAGAAUUGAAUGAUGGUCAGCUACGUGUUGGAAAAAUUAUUUUUCGACCUGAUGUAGUGUUAGGUCGUGGCUGUGAAGGAACUUGUGUUUACAAGGGUGAAUUUGAAGGUAGAGCUGUGGCAGUUAAACGUAUAUUGCCAGAAUAUUUUUCGUUAGCUGAUCGCGAAGUUUCUUUACUUAAAGAGAGUGAUGCACAUCCACAUGUGAUUCGAUAUCAUUGUACAGAACGAGAUAGACAAUUUCGUUAUAUUGCUUUAGAAUUAUGCGUAGCGACAUUGUACGAUUAUGUUCUCAGGAAAGAUCAAAUCGUGCAAGUAUUACCUAAAAUAAGUGAAAUGGAUAUUUUAAAACAAGCUACAUCAGGGAUAGCGUACUUACAUUCGUUGGAUAUUGUCCAUCGAGAUAUAAAACCACAAAAUGUUUUAUUAUGGGUGGGACCCGGGGGUGCUGAAGUUCGUGCUCUAAUAUCUGAUUUCGGUUUAUGUAAAAAAUUACAAAUUGGUCGUACUAGUUUUUCACGACGUUCAGGUAUUACCGGUACUGAUGGUUGGAUUGCACCUGAAAUGUUAAAUGGAAAUUUCAAAACGACAACAGCGGUUGAUAUGUUUUCUUUGGGAUGUGUAUUUUAUUUUGUACUGUCAGCUGGAAAACAUCCAUUUGGAGAACCUCUACGCAGACAAGCAAAUAUUUUAUCUGAUAUAUAUCUAUUAAAUGAUUUACUUGGACCAGAAAAUACUCAAGAACUUGCUAAAAAUUUGAUAAUUAGUUUAAUUGUAUCUAUACCCAGUGAAAGGCCACCAGCAGAAGCUGUUUUAAAACAUCCUCUAUUUUGGAAUAAGACUAAAAUAUUAACAUUCUUCCAGGAUGUUAGUGAUCGAGUAGAAAAAGCAGAUAACUUUGAUGGGGCCUUGUUAAGUUUAGAAAAAUAUUCAAACAGUGUCGUAAAAUCUGAUUGGAGGCUGCAUGUCAGUGACGCUGUUGCUUUAGAUUUAAGAAGAUUUCGUACAUAUCGUGGUGAAAGUGUUCGAGAUUUGUUGCGUGCAUUGAGAAAUAAGAAACACCAUUAUCACGAAUUACCAAAAGAAGCUCAAGAGGAAUUAGGUGAAAUACCCGACAGUUUUAUAGACUAUUGGACUUCACGAUUUCCACAAUUACUUCUACACACAUGGCUUGCAAUGCAAUGUGUUAAACAUGAACCAUCAUUUACUCAAUAUUAUCAUAAAUAUUUUUUAUUCCCAAAUAAUUUAUGUAAAAAUUUAUUGAUUGAUGACAAUCAAGAUGAAACAACUAUUUAUUUAGAAAAUAUUUCUAGAAAAAAACCAAUUGACAAUUUAAAAAAUAAAUCAAAAAAAUUAUUAAUCGAUGUUCCUAUUAAAAAUGUUGAAUAUACAACAAAAAUUGAUACAAAAGACAAAUUAAAAAAUUUAAAUUACGACUGGCGACAAACAAUAAAUGAUAGUAAUAGUUUUGAAACGAAACCUGAAAACGUAGCGUAUAGACGUCGUACAAAUAAUCAUCGAUCUAGAAAAACUCGUAAAAGUAUAGGAGAAUCUUCGCCACCUGUAUGGAAAUUAUCUACAAAUCAAGAAUCUUAAAAAUUAUUUUGAAAACUUAAUAUUUAAGUUUCUUGAAUGAAAUAUGAAGUUUUCUAGUCGAAAAAUGUGUCAAUUCGUAAAAUAUUGUACAUAGAUUUGAAGAUUUUGUAGGAGUCACUUCGUAUUAUUUGUGGAGCUAUAGUAUAAACAAAACAAAAAGCAAGUUUAAAUUUAAAAAUUACAAUAUUUUAGGGAGACAAACACCUUAACUCUAACUGUUUCCCUUAAAAAGAUUGACUUGUUAAGUUUCGUGGCAUUUGUUUAUAGGAUGGUUUUCUUUCUAUAUAUUUUUUAUGAUUGCAUAGUUUAUUUGAAUGCAAUGCAGUUGUCAUUGCAAUUUAAAAAUUCAGAAAACAUCUCUGCCAAAAUAGUUAAAUAAAUUAGCUAGUAAGCAUUUAACAUUAUUUCAUCGACCAAAUUAAUU